AUGGAACCGUGCUUAUGCCGACUUUGCGGGCGAAUGUUUCUUGUCAUCGCAGACGCCUACUCGAAAUGGCCAGAGAUCGUUGAAAUGUCGACUACAACAUCUACUGCUACGAUCAAGGAACUUCGGAGGAUAUUCUCCCAAUUCGGCUACCCGGAGACACUGGUCACAGACAAUGGCACACAGUUCACGUCGAAGGAAUUCAAGGAGUUUUGCCUCAAAGAUCUUCGCUCACCACCAUUCCAUCCAUAG